AUGUCAUCGUCUAAUAACCAAUUACCUUGUCUACAGAAACUUUCUCAGGCAAACGAGUCAACGUGGAUAGUACUAGGUGCAACGGCAGAACUAAUGCACGAAGAUGAACGUGCAAUGAGUGCGUAUGAGUCUGCGUUGCGUCACAAUGUAUAUUCGAUACCUGCCUUACAAAGCAUUGCUGCUCUUUAUAGGUCAAAAGAGCAAUUUCCAAAGGCAAUUGAGUAUUUUCAAAGAAUAUUAAAUAUUGAUUCAGGGAAUGGUGAAAUCUGGGGUGCUCUAGCAUACAACGCUUAUCAACAAGCUCUAUAUCAUUUACCAAAUCCAAGGGAGCCAAAACUUUGGUAUGGAAUUGGUAUUUUGUACGAUCGUUAUGGUUCAUUAGAUCAUGCAGAAGAAGCAUUUUCGCAAGUAUUAAGAAUGGAGUCUAAAUUUGAAAAAGCAAAUGAAAUAUAUUUUAGACUUGGCAUCAUUUAUAAACAACAACAAAAAUAUGAUCAAAGUUUACAAGUUGACAUCUGGUUCCAAAUUGGUCAUGUUUACGAGCAACAAAAAAAUUUCGUGGCUGCUAAAGAAGCUUAUGAGCGCGUAUUGGCAGAAAACCCAAAUCACGCAAAAGUUCUUCAACAACUUGGAUGGCUCUACCAUCAACAAAAUGCAAGUUUUAAUAAUCAAGAUCUUGCCAUCAAUUUUCUAACAAAAUCGCUCGAGUCUGAUGCAAAUGAUGCACAAUCUUGGUAUCUUCUUGGUCGUUGCUAUAUGGCUCAACAAAAAUACAACAAAGCAUAUGAAGCUUAUCAACAAGCUGUUUAUCGUGAUGGAAGAAACCCAACAUUUUGGUGCUCAAUCGGUGUUCUCUAUUACAAGAUUGGCCAACACCGUGAUGCAUUAGAUGCAUACAGUCGUGCAAUUCGUUUAAAUCCCUAUAUUAGCGAGGUGUGGUAUGAUCUCGGUACCCUGUAUGAAUCCUGCAACAACCAAACCAAUGAUGCAAUAGAUGCCUAUCAACGUGCUGCUGAACUUGAUCCAAAUAAUGCUCAUAUUAAACAACGAUUACAAAUCUUGAGAAAUCAACAGCAAAUACAAGGUGGUAGCAACACUAGUGGCAGUCAACCAUCAUCUGCUGCUCAAAUGGCUCAAGAUAUCAAUCCUCAAGCUUAUCAUCAACAACAACCAAAUGGUCCACCACCACCGUCAUUCUCUUCCCAACAAACUCCUCCGCCUCCACAUCACCAACCUCCACCAAUGCCAACUUAUGGUAGCAGACCUAUUGAUAAUAGACCUAGUCUUCCUCAAAUUCCCAUCUCGAUGAAUUUCCAUGAUCAUCAUCAUUCUGGCCAAAGUAGCAAUCUUGGUGGUCUUCACCAUCAACAUCGUGACUUGCCUCCAAUGAAUAACAACAGUGGUAGUGCUGGCAGAAGAAACCUUUGA